ACCGCGCAGCAGCGAGCCGCUGUCAGACACACACACACACACACACACACACACACACACUCGGUUAUAUAGUGUGAACACCAGAGCAGGGAGGACUUCCCCUGGUCCGCUCCGACACCGUGGAUCUGUCAGACAUGUGGAAGGAGUCGUGACCAACAAACUGCUCUUGACCUGGACAUCUGAACGCGUCGAUUUUUCUUUUCUUUUCUUUUUGUAUCUUGACUUUUUUCUUCUCUUUUUGUUGAAUGGUACCAUGUCGUCUUUCCCAGGAACGGUACCGCGGAUGAUGCGCCCGGCUCCCGGACAGAACUACCCCCGCACCGGAUUCCCUCUGGAAGUGUCCACCCCGCUGGGCCAGGGGCGCGUCAACCAGCUCGGAGGGGUCUUCAUCAACGGCCGCCCGCUGCCCAACCACAUCCGACACAAGAUCGUGGAGAUGGCCCACCACGGCAUCCGGCCGUGCGUCAUCUCCCGCCAGCUGCGCGUCUCCCACGGCUGCGUCUCCAAGAUCCUGUGCCGCUACCAGGAGACCGGCUCCAUCCGGCCCGGGGCCAUCGGAGGCAGCAAGCCCAGGCAGGUCGCCACGCCGGACGUGGAGAAGCGCAUCGAGGAGUACAAGCGGGACAACCCGGGCAUGUUCAGCUGGGAGAUCAGGGACAAGCUGCUGAAGGACGGGGUGUGUGACCGGAGCACGGUCCCUUCAGGUGAGGCCUCCCCUGUGAGUUCGAUCAGUCGCGUGCUCCGGGCUCGGUUCGGGAAGAAGGACGAGGAGGACGAGUGCGACAAGAAGGACGAGGACGGAGAGAAGAAGACCAAGCACAGCAUCGACGGCAUCCUCGGCGACAAAGGCAGUCGCAUGGAUGAGAUGUCUGACGUGGAGUCGGAGCCUGACCUCCCCCUGAAGAGGAAGCAGCGGCGGAGUCGGACCACAUUCACGGCGGAGCAGCUGGAGGAGCUGGAGAAGGCUUUUGAAAGAACCCACUACCCCGACAUCUACACCAGGGAGGAGCUCGCGCAGAGGACCAAGCUGACUGAGGCCCGGGUCCAGGUUUGGUUCAGCAAUCGACGGGCCAGGUGGCGAAAACAAGCAGGAGCCAAUCAACUAGCAGCGUUCAACCACCUGUUGCCGGGUGGAUUUCCUCCCACAGGCAUGCCAACACUUCCCACAUACCAGCUGCCAGAGUCUAGCUACCAAACCAACGGUCUGUCCCAAGAUGGUGGUGGUACAGUUCACCGUCCCCAGCCAUUACCUCCGUCCACCAUGCACCAGAGCAGUCUGUCCAACACUGACAGCAGCUCCGCUUACGGCCUGUCCUCCAGCCGCCAUGGCUUCUCCACCUACUCCGAUACUUUCAUGAACUCCGUAGCGCCUAGCAACCACGUCAACCCUGUCAGCAAUGGACUCCCCCCACAGGUGAUGAGCAUCCUGAGCAACCCGAGCGGCGUUCCCUCGCAGCCGCAACACGACUUCUCCAUUUCGCCGCUCCACAGCGCCCUGGACUCCUCGCCGUCCAACGCCAUCUCCGCCAGCUGCGCCCAGCGCGCAGCCGAGGCCUCCAUCAAGACGGUGGACAGCCUGCCGUCGUCCCAGUCCUACUGCCCGCCCACGUACAGCACCUCCAGCUACAGCAUGGACUCAGCCGUGGCAGCUGCUGGCUACCAGUACAGCCAGUAUGGGCAGACUGCUGUGGACUACCUGGCGAAGAACGUCAGCCUGUCCAGUCAGCGCCGGAUGAAGCUGGCCGACCACUCGGCCGUCCUGGGACUGCUGCAGGUGGAGACGGGCCAGGCCUACUAGUGCUCCACCACACCUGGUCACCAGCGCGUCCUGCCUCCAUCCCAUCAAAUCUCUCUAUGUGUGUGUGAGUGAGUGUGUGUGUCAGGGUUGAUUGAUGCAGCUUGUCAAGCUCUAGACAUUCCCCCUGGGACCCAUCAGAUUCCCACUGUCAGAAAGAUGUUUAUUUUGUAUUAGUUGCUCAUAAUUGCACCAAAUUUUGAAACAGCUGACUCCCCUCCUCCCUCUCGUGUUGCUCAGCAAAUGAUGACACGAUGCGAUACAGUCACCCCGUGACGGUGCCAGGCAUAUUUCAGGAAACAUUGCUGAUAGUUUUGUUUUUUUUCACGUAUGUUUCUGUGUUGUUGAGCUGUCAUCUUGAACAGCCUCCGUAGCAUUGAGUCUGAACACACCGAGGAAGUCACCUCCGGAGUGUGUGUGUGUGUGUGUGUGUGUGUUGUACAUCUGACCACACACCCUCACAGAUGUAUGGUGGCAAUUUGAACACUUGGCGGUCAGCAACGAAAGAUUUUUAACUACUUUCUUACAAUUCUAAUAGACAGAUUGGUCCUGUGUCCACAUUUUGGCCAUUUGAAGGUUCAGAAAUGUAAUUUUUGUAAUUUUGUCAUCCUCUAUCUCAGCUCUCUUAUUUCUCUCUCUCUGUGUGUGUGAGAGAAGGACAUUGGUCUUUGUGACAUACCAGAACUUUUACGUGCACUUAAAGCUAUGACACGGUGAAGGAGAGGGGAAAAUUGUCAAAUGCAAAAUAUGGGCAACUUAACAGGUCGUUAAUAACAGCACACAAUAAUGUCAGUUUCAGCCUUCAGGAAUCUGUGUGUGUGUGUAUGUGUGUGUGUGUGUGUGUGUGUGUCUGUGAAGGAGAUAAACCCCUCGAGCAGACUGAUAUGGACUAGUUCAGGUUCAAGUCUUUAUUCUUCCCAAAGAGGUCAAACAUUCCGUCGCCUCAUAAAAAUUCUUUUCUUAAUUGAAUUGAAUUUCAUUGUAGUUAAUUUCAUGCCGACUCCUUGCAUAUAUACACCUCUAUAUCAGCUACCGACCUUCAUUUUCAAAGGGGCACGAGAAAUAGGCCACUAUUUCUAAUUUCUCCAUUAUAAUAAUAAUAAUUAUCAUAAUAAUAAUAAACAUGAUUUAUAUGAAGUUUAUCAUUUAUAUCUAGGGCUGCAACUAAGGAUUAUUUUCAAAGAUAUUUAGUUAACUGUGACAGAGGACCAAAGAAACCAGGAAAUAUUCACAUUGAAGAAGCUGAAAUCAGAGAAUUAUUACUUUUUUUCAUAAA